GAGGCAGAGGCAGAGGCCAACCUGGGGCAGGAGGUGGAGGCCGAGCUAGCGGCGGCGUUGGCCGCCGAGGAUGCAGGUGCGGAAUUGGGCGGGGGCUCGGAAGGGAACCCCGAUUUUCCCAUGGCCUCUCUGUACGUGGGCGACCUGCACCCCGAGGUGACCGAGGCAAUGCUGUAUGAGAAGUUCAGCCCAGCGGGGCCGAUCCUGUCCAUCCGCAUUUGCAGGGAUAAGAUCACCCGCCGCUCUUUGGGCUACGCAUAUGUCAACUACCAGCAACCGGUGGAUGCCAAGCGAGCCCUAGAGACCCUGAACUUUGAUGUCAUAAAGGGCAGGCCAGUGCGCAUCAUGUGGUCCCAGAGGGACCCCUCGCUCCGCAAGAGCGGGGUGGGCAACGUCUUCAUCAAGAACCUGGGCAAGACCAUCGACAACAAGGCGCUGUACAACAUCUUCUCGGCGUUUGGCAACAUCCUCUCCUGCAAAGUGGCCUGUGAUGAAAAGGGGCCCAAGGGCUAUGGUUUCGUGCACUUCCAGAAGCAGGAGUCGGCGGAGCGGGCCAUAGAUGCGAUGAAUGGCAUGUUCCUAAACUACCGCAAAAUUUUCGUCGGGAGAUUCAAGUCGCAUAAAGAGAGAGAGGCUGAAAGGGGAGCCUGGGCAAGGCAGUCCACCAGUGGUGACGUCAAGGAUUUCCAGGAUGACACCGAUGAGGAGGCCACCUUGCGAUGA